GGACAGCCCCUGAAGAAAGCGGAUAUAAUAGAUAUUUCUCCGCUUUGGACUAAAUAUCCAUAGGGAGCCAGCCCGACGAUUUACCUAUUAGAUCUACCAAAGAAGCCAGUGUCUCCCCAGGGUGGCUUUUCAUCUUCCUAUUUUCAGUAUUCUUUCGACAACUUCGCCCUACCCUGGGGCACGGCCUCCUCACGUGUCGCGCGAAGAAUGAUAACAGCAGGAUCGGAAGAAUUACUACGAGAAGCUAAACGACAAUGAGUCUGGCUCAGGUGUUGAGUGUGCUGGCCAGUCGUGACGACGAGGGUAAUUCCCUUGCACGGCGUCUGGCUUAUACGGACGCGGGCCCUACAAUGGAUAUCGAUCCUCUACCUUCAGCCCAACGCAAAGGUCUAAUUGCGGUCACGGUGAUGGCCUUCCUAUCUUUCAUCGCGACUUUGUUGUUACUAUUAUUCAUCACUUAUCGGCUGGUCUUCUGGCGCUCCAACUACUCACGAUAUAUCGGUUACAAUCAGUACAUCGUUCUUAUCUAUAACCUAGUGUUGGCCGAUCUGCAACAAUCACUUGCAUUUUUGAUCUGCCUUAAAUGGAUUACGGAGAACAAAAUAGAAGCAUCUUCAGCGGCCUGCUUUCUUCAAGGAUUUUGGCUGCAGAUCGGGGACCCCGGCAGUGGUUUGUUCGUGCUCGCAAUUGCUGUUCAUACAUUCCUUCUGGUAGCACUGGGUCACAAGCUGAGCCAUCGCGUCUUCGUUUGUGGUGUGGUUGGUGUAUGGAUUUUUGUGGCUAUCUUGGUUAUUAUUCCGCUUGCAGCUCAUGGGCGAUUUGUCUUCAUCCCGUCAGGCGCAUGGUGCUGGAUCAGCGAAGAGUACGAGCCAAUCCGCUUGUGGACUCAUUAUAUCUGGAUUUUCCUGGCUGAAUUCGGAACUGUCUGCCUUUACGCCAUCAUGUGGUUCCAGCUACGACGUCGGAUCAAGCAAUCUGCGAUUCUUGGAAACAGUCAAACGGAAAGUCUCAAGCGCCUGCGACGUGUCAUCGGAUACAUGAUUAUCUAUCCGGUUGCGUACAUUGUGCUGUCAUUGCCUCUUGCUGCAGGACGAAUGGCCACAGCCCAAGGUCAAACACCAAGCAUCGCCUUCUUCUGUGUCGCUGGUGCUGUGAUCACCAGUUCAGGCUUAGUUGAUGUCCUUCUCUACACGCUCACCCGCCGAAACCUGAUUCUGGAAUCCGAGCCGAGUCGCGAUCGCAGCUACAACCGCUUUGCAAGCAGCAAGAACCGGAAGACUGACCAUCUUACAACCAUUACAGCCGCGGAAGGCAAGCACACCCGGACCGAUAUCAGCGUUCUGCGAACCCAUCGACACCGUGAUGAUGACGACGAAUUCGGCCAUACCGUGCGUGAGGGAUCUACUGAUAACAUUGUACAGUCUUCGGGUAUGGAACUGGCACCUCUAGGAAAGGUGUAUCAACAUACCACAAUUGAAAUCACCCACGAGCCUGCGUACCCGGAGGCUGAAAGCAGUGACCGGUCAAGCAAAGGCUCCAUCGGGAAUGGCAGAGGUCCCGAGCAGAGCGCCAGGAUGUGGGGGAGAUAGCCGACAGUCAACUGGCUUGCAGCCCUUACUCCUACGGACGAACGCCAACUUCUAACGUCAUCGAAUUAAUGUCGAAUGCCCUUU